UACAUAUGUAAUGACAAUGAAAAUGGAAAUGGAAAGCUUUUUGGGAGAUGUAUUGUCAAUGAAAAAGAUAUUGAUCUUAAUUUGACGAAACUAUACACAGUAAAUGGAGAGCCUAUGAAAGGGAUACCUUCCAACAAAUUUCGCCAAUAGAAUAAUUUGUAUGUAAGAAUUUAAAUCCUGGGUAGGAUUGAAAUCGCGCUGUGGAUAUUCAAUAGAUCGUCAGAUCACACCAAUUAUCGCUUGUAGUCUCGUCACAGCAAUAUAAAACACUCCGUUCAUUGCAAUACAGUGGUAAUAGGAUUUUAAAAAUUUAAAAGGAUAAAAACGGGGAAGAUAGCCACAACAGAUCAGUCGUGGGUAGAUAUUGAGGUGAAACUUUUGGAUUAUUGUUCAGAGAGAGAUGGUUGGCUAGGUUUCAGGUACACUUUUAUCACACUACAUGGAGUAAACAUUGACGGAUGGGAAGUGUUAGCGAAGUGGACUCGUAACGAAUGUGUAAGUACCAUCACUGUUUCUACAGAACUAUCAUUUUAUCACAAAUGGAGUCUGUGAUGCAGAAAUCUCCGCGCCUUCAGCACUCUGGGAGCUCCCCUGACGACAAAAAAGAAACAAAACCCAAAGCAUUUAACCUGAACUACAUGCACAAUCCCCCAACUAUCAUGCCAAAUUUAGGCAAGAAAAGGAAAAGUGCACUGCCGAAAACAAACGUGUCGCGCGUGCUGUUGUACGACAACGUCACCCAGCAACAGAUGCUGGAUGUUAAACUUUCGCACAUCAAAGUUGAACAACAUCGCUCGAGUCGGUUGCUUGACCUACACAAAAAGUCGUUCAUCACACGACAAAAACGACGCCAUCAAAGACUUUUCGAUGCUGGACUGAUCCUUCCGGAAAUUGACCCAAAGCCAAAGCCAUCUUCGUCUCCCCCCAGAAUACCCAGCAGGGUCUCUGUCAAAUCCCCGGAAAGACAGCGGACGGAAAUAACGGAUGAACUGGAGACGCUGAAGCUCCCCGCUCUUGAAGACGAUGAAAAUAAUAACAAACGUCACGUGAUAUUCAAACUAAAGGAUGCUAAUGGACAUACUCAAGUAUUUCAUACAUUUGACGAGGAGAAUGGGAUAUUUUCUGAAAUUGUUCCUUUACAUUCUUUUUAUGCAAAGACUACCGACGACCCACGAUUUCAAGGUCUAGAGGGCGCUUUGGUGAAAUCCGCAGCGCGAUCUGAGGGAUUUAACGAACUGAGUCCCAGUUUCCGACGGGAAAGUACAAAAUAUCCGGAACAUUUAAUCGCUUUAAUAGAGAUGGAACAACCCUAGACUACCCACUGUCUAAGGCAGUUUGUAUCCACUCGAUGUUUUUGUUACCAGCAUUGCACAUAAUCCUAUCAAGUUGUUUCCAAAGAUUAGACAAACUGGAAUUGGAUAAGUACAACCACAAACACUCCAUUUUCUACCAUGUUUAACAUUUAUUUGUAAUAACAACACUAUAAACAUAAUUAAAUCGGCUUUAUUGCUACAGUAUAGUUCA